UCUUCUAUUGCGUUGUUUGGGGUUACCAGUGAGGAUGUCAUGCCCUUUGAUGAGGCAGUCUUCGCCUAACCCUCCGAUGGUCACCUGCCAUGCUCAGGGCAUGGUGGUGAAAAUGGGAUGGACUGUAUCCAUUGCUCAAAUUAAAGUGAAUUUGUUUGGUAACUGGGAGCCACUGAUGAAGGCUUCAACCAGAUGUGGGUUCAGUGUAGUUGUACAUCCAGAGGGUGUGGUCAUCUCUGUUGGCUAUGCACCCUGCCUGGAGAAAAAGGUAUGGUACCUUUUUUUUUUUUUUAAUGAUAAAAUUCCCCACAAAAAAUUGCAUUAUGAACAAUUUACCCUUUUUGUGUUCCAGGAUGACAUGUACACACUAGAAUUGGCUGGAGAGGGAGAAACUCAAAUAUCCUGUCCAUCACUAUCACCAGCUCAAACUGAACACCCAAGGCCCAUUGAUGGUCCGAAACCGCAAACUGAAACUCCGAGACAAGGGGUAAAUCCCUCCACCCCUUGUCCGACAAAUCCAAAACAAUCUGCUGCUCCCCUGGUAACCGUAUAUACAGAAGAACCUUCUGCAAAGCCUCCAGUCACCCAACAGCCAACUGGUCAAGAAGAACCGUUCUACCCUUAUCCAUUCUAUGUUAAACCACCUAAUCCUGACAGUGUCCCGCCUGCACACACACCAGAACUUGAAACCCCUGGGAUUUUCUCACCUACCAUACUUGUUCCGAAGAACCAAGAGCCACUGAAGCCUGAAGCUCCUCGGGGCCAUGUACUGCAGCCCCUUUAUCUCUCCCCCUUCUAUCCUCAGACCGAGCCUGAAAAUCCAACUACUCCGCUAAGGCCUCCACAGCAUGAAGCCACUCAGGACAGAGUACUGAAGCCCCUCUAUCCCUUUGCCGACAACCCUCAGCCAGAGUUUGAAAAGCCAACUGUUGCUUCAAGGCCUCCACAGCCUGAAGCCACUCGUGGCCAAUUAGAGCAGCCCCUCUAUCCCUUCCCCUUCUACCCUAUGCCAGAGCCUGAAAAGCCAACUGCUGGUCCGAGGCCUCCGCAGCCUGAAGCCACUCGUGGCCAAGUAGAGCAGCCCCUCUAUUCCUACCUUUUCUACCCUCAGCCAGAGCCCGAAAAGCCAACUGCUGCGUCAAGGCCUCCACAGCAUGAAGCCACUCGGGACAGAGUACUGAAGCCCCUCUAUCCCUUCGCCGACAACCCUCAGCCAGAGCUCGAAAAGCCAACUGCUGCUUCAAGGCCUCCACAGCCUGAAGCCACUCGAGGCCAAGUUGAGCAGCCCCUCUAUCCCUUCCCCUUCUACCCUAGGCCAGAGCCCGAAAAGCCAACUGCUGCUCCGAGGCCUCCGCAGCCUGAAGCCACUCGUGGCCAAGUAGAGCAGCCCCUCUAUCCCUUCUACCCUAGGCCAGAGCCCGAAAAGCCAACUGCUGCUCCGAGGCCUCCGCAGCCUGAAGCCACUCGUGGCCUAGUAGAGCAGCCCCUCUAUCCCUACCUGUUCUACCCUCAGCCAGAGCCCAAAAAGCCAACUGCUGCUCCGAGGCCUCCGCAGCCUGAAGCCACUCGUGGCCAAGUAGAGCAGCCCCUCUAUCCCUACCUGUUCUACCCUCAGCCAGAGCUCGAAAAGCCAACUGCUGCUUCAAGGCCUCCACAGCCUGAAGGCACUCGGGGCCAAGUAGAGCAGCCCCUCUAUCCCUACCUUUUCUACCCUCAGCCAGAGCCCGAAAAGCCAACUGCUACUCCAAGGCCUCAACAACCUGAAGCCAUUCAGGGACAAGUAGAGCAGCCCUUUUCUGCCUUCCUCUUCUGCCCUCAGCCAGGGCCCCAAAAGCCAACUGCUGCUCGAAGGCCUCAACAGCCUGAAGUCACUCUGGGUCAAGUAGAGAAGCCUCUUUAUCCCUCCCGCUUCUGCCCUCAGCCAGAGCCCAAAGAGCCAAUGGCUGCUCAUAGGCCUCCACAACCUGAAGCCCCUCUGGGCCAAGUGGGGCAGCCCCUCUAUCCCUUCCCUUUCUACCCCACGCCAGAGCCCGAAAAGCCAACUGUUACUCCAAGGCCUCAACAACCUGAAGCCGCUUGGGGCCAAGUGGAGCAGCCCGUCUAUCCCUUCACUUUCUACCCCACGCCAGAGCCCGAAAAGCCAACUGCUACUCCAAGGCCUCAACAACUUGAAGACACUCGGGGCCAAGUGGAGCAGCCCCUCUAUCCCUUCUCUUUCUACCAUCAGCCAGAGCCCGAAAAGCCAACUGCGACUCCAAGGCCUCAACAACCUGAAGCCACUUGGGGCCAAGUAGAGCAGCCCCUCUACCCCAAACCAGAGACCAAAAAGCCAACUGCUACUCCAAAGCCUGAAGACACUCGGGGCCAAGUGGAGCCACCUAGCUAUCCCUACCUUUUCUACCCUCAGCCAAAGCCUGAAAAGCCAACUGCCCCAAGUCCUCCACAGCCUGACGCACCUCAGGGCCAAGUAGAGAAGCCCUUAAACCCCUUCUAUUCUUUACGAAAGCCUGUCGGCAUCGUCUCACAAGACCGACCUGUUUAUUGUCCUCAGUUUUGCCCAUCUGUAUUUUUUGAUUGCUGUCCACAAAUUUCAUAUCAUCACCAUCUCCAUCAAAUUAUUCCAUUUGGACCUGGCAGUCAAGAGGCACCUUCACUUUUUCCUGGGCCACUAUACCUUCCUUCAGGGGUGUAUUCUGGGUUUGGCAAUGUCUUGGGCUCUGCUCUCCUUCCUCAAGAGCCAACUGGAGUAAUGACGACGCAAGCUACCAAGACGUACCCCUCUGCACCGAUUUCAAAUCUGUCCCUUCAAUCUGAAAAUGAAAAGGGGCCGCAACUUCAGCCACCUGGUGGCGACCUUGCUGCACUACCAGAUACUCAUAGCAAGUCUACAAAUCCUGAAUGGACAAUUUACCCGCAUUUUCUAAAUUCUCAAAAUCCUAAUUGGCCUGAUCUACAACAAAAUGAGGAGCCGCAGAAUUUACCACAGAGUGUAUCACUAGCUUACUACAAUGUGCCCUCUAAACAACAGGCUCCAGGUAGCAAACAAGGAAAUCCAGUGCUGAAAUAUGAGCCACAUACUGUACAGCCCACGAAGCAGCAAAACGUCCAACUAUUGGGUUGGGACAUGGAUAAUCCAUCUGGGUCUUACGUCGACCAAUAUCUUCAACACCUUAUAGAAAAGCAGCAAAUGCCCCAAGAUGCACAAAUUCAUCACGAGUUGAUGGCCCCAAACAUGUCCCAACUACAGCCAUUGAGUGACCCAAAGCAAUCCACUAAUCGUAGACCAACUGUGCACUCCUAUUCUGAACCAAAGAGUAAUGUGUUGCUAAAGCAUGGCCCAUCAGGUAGGGAGCCUGACGAGUACAAUGACUCGCCACUGCCUUCCAGUGACCUGGUUCAUGAUUCAAGCUUAAUUGCACAACAUCUUGCAAGGCAUCACAAUGGUAAACCUCAACGUCUUCAGGAUUUGAAGACUCCACAGGAAAAACCCAGACGCUCCAAAUUACUUGCUAAAGACAUUUCCAAUCCCUCACCCGUCAAAAACAAGCCUGCUGAUGAAUUGGGUUAAUCAUCAUUAUCUCUUUGUCUGACCCUCAUUUCAUGCCUUUGUCCCAGGGCCCUUAAUUCCUUGUGUCAUUGAAAGAUUCCUGGAGGCCCGUGACUCUAGGUUCAACCAAAGGAUUCCACUUCAUGUUCCAGGAAAUGCAUUUCAACAAAAGGACUCUGAAACUGACAACCAAGCUGAUGGUAUUUUAAAUUUAAAGUAAAAAAAAAACUGUUUUACGCUGGUCUCCAGGACUAAUGUGCAUCUCUUGCAGGACUAAACGAACCCUUUCAGUGAGAAAGUGGAACAGGGAAGCAGAUGUUAUCAAAGUGAAUAAAUGAUUGAAACAACUA